AUUAUUAUAUAUAUUUUUUAUUAAUAGUCGGGUGGAUUUUUUUCUCUCUCCCCCUCUCCCGUUUUUCUUUCUCCCGUCGGUUUGUCUUUAAGAUAGCAGGCUAUUAAUUUUUAAUUCUUAUGCAUCCGCACGAAGACGUUGCCAUAGAGGAGAAAACGAGUGAUAACCAGAGGGGGAGAAAAGGAGAAGGAGGCAAGUGAGGAGAGAAUGAAUGAGACACUCUGAGCAAUCAAGGAGAAGGAGAUUGGAGGAAACAAGGAUCACCCUCAGGGAGGGUGUGAGCUGAGGAAGUGCCACCCUGCUCACCUGUGCCUGCUAACCACCUCUAAGCUUCAGCACCACCCUGCCCCCCGCUCAGCCUCAAACAUGGCUCUUGGAGCCUGGAUCUUCUUCACCUGUGCUGUGGCUUUCAGCAACAUCGCUCCAUCUUCACAGGCUCUGAGCCGGUCAAUGAUGCCCUUCGGCUUGAUGCGUCGAGAGCUGGCGUGUGAAGGCUACCCAAUCGAGCUGCGCUGCCCUGGAAGUGAUGUCAUCAUGAUUGAGACGGCCAACUACGGCCGCACUGAUGACAAGAUCUGUGACGCAGACCCCUUUCAGAUGGAGAAUGUGCAGUGCUACCUUCCCGACGCCUUCAAGAUAAUGUCACAGAGGUGUAACAAUCGCACUCAGUGCGUGGUGGUAGCAGGGUCGGAUGUGUUCCCGGACCCCUGCCCAGGGACCUACAAGUACUUGGAGAUCCAGUAUGAGUGUGUCCCCUACAAAGUGGAUCAAAAAGUAUUUGUGUGUCCGGGGACGCUGCUGAGGGUGCAGGUGCCCAGCUCUCAGCAGGAGGCCGAGCACCAGGCAGGGGCAUGGUGUAAGGAUCCGCUGCAGUCUGGGGACCGUCUGUACGUCAUGCCCUGGACCCCCUAUCGCACUGACAUGCUGUAUGAAUACGCCUCCUGGGAAGACUUCAAACAGAACCGAGCCACCACCACCUACAAGCUGCCCAACAGAGUUGAUGGCACGGGCUUUGUUGUGUACGACGGUGCUGUAUUUUACAACAAAGAACGCACACGAAACAUAGUCAAGUAUGACCUACGUACACGCAUCAAGAGUGGUGAAGCCAUCGUCACAAACGCCAACUAUCAUGACACCUCGCCCUACCGCUGGGGAGGGAAGUCGGAUAUUGACUUGGCUGUGGAUGAGAAUGGCCUCUGGGUGAUUUACGCCACUGAAUCCAACAACGGACGGCUGGUGGUCAGCCAGGUGAAUCCUUAUACUUUGCGCUUUGAAGGCACCUGGGAGACCAGCUUCGACAAGAGGAUGGCGUCCAAUGCCUUCAUGGCUUGUGGAGUGCUUUAUGCUGUGCGCUCAGUCUACCAGGACGAUGACAGUGAGGCAGGAGGCGACUUGGUGAUGUAUGCCUACAACACCAACCGUGCACGAGAGGAACCCGUCAACAUCGCCUUCCCCAACCCCUAUCAGUAUAUUUCCUCCGUGGACUACAAUCCUCGAGACAACCAGCUCUAUGUCUGGAACAAUUACAACGUCCUGCGCUACCCGCUGGAGUUUGGACCACCAGACCCCACCACUGGCCCUCUGACUACUACCCAAGUGACCACCACUCUUCCAGCCAGGCCUUUCACCUCCAGCGCCAGUCCCUCUACCGCCCGCCCUCUGGUCCCCACCUCACGGCCAAUUGGCUCCAUCAACAAGCAUCCUGAUCUUCGACCAAUCACAGCCACUGUGCCUGUGACCCGCCGACCACCCCGUCCUCCUCCAGGCCCAGAGCAACAUGUCUGCGAGGCCAAGCUGGUCCGUGGCGUCCCGUGGCCCACCACACAGCCAGGAGAAACAGUAGACCGCCCUUGUCCCAAAGGAUCUCUUGGCAUCGCUUCGUUCCAGUGCUUGGCGGAGCAGGUCAUGUGGAACCCACGGGGUCCUGACCUGAGUAACUGCACCUCCCCGUGGGUCAACCAGGUGGCCCAGAAGAUAAAGAGUGGGGAGAACGCUGCCAGCAUAGCUGGUGAGCUGGUGACCCACACACGGGGUCGGAUCCAGGCUGGAGAUGUUAGUUCCUCUGUCCGACUGAUCGAGCAGCUGCUGGAUAUACUGGACGCCCAGCUUCAGGCACUAAGGCCUGGAAACAAGGAGUCAGCCGGACGAAACUACAACAAGUUUCAGAAGCGAGAGCGGACCUGUCGGGCGUACAUCCAGGCGGUGGUGCAAACAGUGGACAACUUGCUCCGUCCUGAGAAUCUGGAGUCGUGGCAGGACAUGAACAGCACAGAGCAGGCUCACACUGCCACCAUGCUACUGGACGUCCUGGAAAAAGGAGCUUUCCUUCUGGCCAACAACAUGUACGGGAAUCGCUUUUCUGACCGGGCCCCUAGCAUUGACCUCGAAGUGCACGUUGUAAACACAGAGAUGGAGCUGCAGGACUUGUCCUUCCCGCAGGAUUACGCCAGCGACAGCACCAUCCAGCUUUCAGCCUCCACCAUCAAACAGUACAGUCGCAACGGACAAGUCAAGGUGGUGUUCAUUCUGUAUAAAAAUUUGGGAUCCUUCUUAUCCACGGAGAACGCCACAGUGAAGAUGGAAGUGGACGGAUCGAACCAAGAUAAGAAGCGCUUGGCAGUCAACUCCCACGUAAUUGCUGCCUCCAUCAACAAAGAGUCCAGCAGAGUGUUUCUCACUCAGCCGGUGGUCUUCACACUCAAACACCUACAGUUGGACAACUAUUACACUCCGAAUUGCUCCUUCUGGAACUACUCUGAGCGUUCCAUGACAGGCCAGUGGUCUUCGCAGGGCUGCAGGCUGCUGGAUACCAACAACACACACACCACCUGCUCCUGCAGCCACCUCACCAACUUUGCCGUGCUCAUGGCUCACCACGAGCCCGAUGGGCGGAUGCACAAACUGAUCCUUUUUGUGAUCACCUGGGUCGGGAUUGUCAUCUCCCUAGUGUGUCUAGCGAUCUGCAUCUCCACUUUCUGCUUCCUGCGAGGCCUGCAAACUGACCGCAACACCAUCCACAAGAACCUCUGCAUCAACCUCUUCAUCGCCGAGCUGCUCUUCCUCAUCGGCAUCGACAAGACUGAAUACCAUAUUGCCUGUCCCAUCUUUGCUGGCCUUCUGCAUUUCUUCUUCUUGGCUGCCUUCUCCUGGAUGUGUCUGGAGGGUGUGCAACUCUAUCUCAUGCUGGUGGAGGUCUUUGAGAGCGAGUACUCCCGCAAAAAGUACUACUAUCUGUGCGGCUACUGCUUCCCCGCACUGGUGGUGGGCAUCUCAGCAGCCAUAGACUACAGGAGCUAUGGGACCAAGAAAGCAUGCUGGCUGCGAGUGGAUAACUACUUCAUCUGGAGCUUUAUUGGACCCGUUUCAUUUGUUAUUAUGCUCAACCUCAUUUUCCUCAUGAUCACUUUACACAAAAUGAUCCGCAACUCUUCAGCACUGAAGCCUGACUCCAGCCGCCUGGAUAACAUCAAGUCAUGGGCUCUCGGGGCUGUUGUCCUGCUCUUCCUGCUUGGACUGACAUGGGCUUUUGGCCUCCUCUUUAUUAAUGAGAACACGGUAAUCAUGGCCUACCUCUUCACCACCUUCAACGCCUUCCAGGGCAUGUUCAUCUUCAUCUUCCACUGUGCCCUGCAGAAGAAGGUCCAUAAGGAGUACAGUAAAUGUCUGCGUCACUCCUAUUGCUGCAGUCGCACGUCCACCAACAGCUCCCACGGUUCCCUGAAGAACUCAGGCCUGCGUGCCAACAACCGCUACUACAGUGGCAGCCAAGCUCGCCAUGCAGCGGCCCACAGACAGAGUCGGAUCCGCAGGAUGUGGAACGACACGGUUCGGAAGCAGACGGAAUCUUCUUUCAUGGCGGGAGAUAUCAACAGCACCCCAACACUCAACCGUGCGACCAUGGGAAACCACCUUCUGACGAACCCGGUGUUGCAGACUCGCACCGGUACCUCUCCUUACAACACUCUGCUGGCUGAGAGCUUCACCCCGCCCUCACCUGGGGUUUUCAACUCGACCGGAACCUUCCGUGACCCAAAGAGUACAUUAUCUAAGGCCCGUGACCCCUGUGGAAUGGAAACCCUGCCCUUGAAUGGUAACUUCAACAACAGCUACUCCCUGCGCAGUGGCCCAGCAAGUGGAGGCGGGGGCAGCUGUGAUUUUCUGGGUGGCGGUGGCGGAGAGAGUCCCUCGCCCAUGUUCAAUCCCCGCAGCUCAGAGACGCUGGGAGGGGGAGGCAUCCGACGAAACCUCUCAGAAGCAGCAGCCUUUGAGAAAAUGAUCAUCUCUGAGCUUGUGCACAACAACCUGAGAGGUGGUGUUGGAGGAGGAGGUGGAGGUGAUGUAGGGGACAGAGUGUAUGGGAGCCUGGCCAGGGGACGUCCUCAUGGCGGGGUUGGUCGGGGGUCAGCGGUGGCUGGGCCAGAGCCGUCUGUAAACAUGGAUGAAGAUGAGGACUUUCUGAGAGAGGGACGGCAGCGUACACCGCAGGAUGUAGAGCUGCUUUAUAAAGCUCUGGAGGAGCCCCUGCUGUUGCAGCGUGCUCAAUCAGUCCUCUACCAGAGCGAUCCAGAGGAGUCGGAGAGCUACACGGCCGACCUCACGGAGAGCCUGGGCCACAGCGGCCACAGCGGCCAGAGUGCUGGCGGGCAGGGAGGCAGAGUGCCAGACUCCCCUGCUCGUGACUCCCUGUACACCAGCAUCACCAACCUGCGAGACUCACCCUACCCUGACAGCAGUCCUGAACCCCUGGAAGUGGUGCCUCGUUCAGCUCAGCCCCCUGAGGAGCUGUACUACAGCUCUGGGAGGCCCGCCUUGGGCUCUCGUGGGGCCCCCAUGCAGACCUUCCACCAGGCCCCGCCCCGGAGACCUAGUGGGGAGGGACACCAGGUUCAGGAGCCUGUCCACAAUGAGGGAGAUGGACAGAUGCAGCUGGUCACCAGCCUGUGACUGGAGCCUUUAGGAGGAAGUUGGGGACUAAUGUGAUGGCCAGAGCCUCCUCCUAGCCCGUCUCGUUCUCGUGUCUCUCCACUUUCUGCUUGUUUGGUUGCCUUUCUUUCUCUUGACGUUUAUUUAACUAACAUAUGAGUAAACAGAAUGACCUUCUCGGGGAGUCGUGGCUGACUCUGCAGAAGCAGCCUUUAUCUUCAACCCCCCUCCUGUUUUAUGGAGAUGAGUGAUGGGUGUUUUUCCACAGAGUGUUCUUCGGCUCUGUCUAACCCCAGUCAUCUCCAGUUCUUUUGGUACCCUAAGGCCAAGUCCAGCACUCUGAAUGUACCAAUCCACCCCCUUUACCUUUUGGACAUUUCAAAACUUUCAAACUUUGUUAAAGUUUUUUUUUAAUGUAAUUUAUCUUCAGACCUGCCUCCGGAGAUGGGAAUAUCAUUUUAUAUUUUAUCUCAUUUCCCUUUCUUACCAUCCAUAGGUCUUUUUCGAGUCGUCAUUUGAUAGGAGUAGUUAGCUGUGGAGACAGGGAAUAUAGUAGACUAUUAUAACCUAAAAAUGUCUCACAGAAAGCUCUUCAUUGUUGCCAAAAAUAUCUUUUAUUGAGCCAGAACAGAAACUAGAACAUUCACACGGCAAACAGACACACACACAUAUACACUCACUCAUCUAGAAGUGCUCAUUACUGAACAUCAAAAGUGAAAACAGUACUCCACCUAAGUAAAAGGGAGCACGAGCUUUUGUUCCAAGCAGGCAGUGGGAGCUGAAUCAGUGUAGUUGCCUUCAUUUUCUCUUGCUGUGAAUUGACGACUCUGUACAGAAGUGGAGUAGAGAUGGAGACAGAGACUGAGGAGGAGCUGCACCACCCCUCCAGAGAUGGAGAUACUGCACCCAUAAGACUGGCCGAUCCUCUCCACUGUUCUCUCUGGUUGUUUGCUUUAGGCAUUUGAAAAGUUAAAUGACUGCCUUGCUAUUGUUUUGAAGAGAGUAUUCAAUUUGUUGAUUGGGUCUUCAUCCUCUAGGGGCUGCAAGUGUGGAUUGGUGUUGCCCCCCUCCCCUUGUACUUUGCUGUUAGAGCCUAGCCAGUUGAAGUGGACUUGAUUACUGCGUGUUUUUGUGACGCGAAAGACUGUGAACGUCGCAAACCCGCUGGCCGACCAAUUGGUGUAACCGUGUACAUAGGAACCACACGUGAAUCUACUUUAUUCCUACUAUGUAAAUAGAGACACCAGAUGAUCAAAAGCAACAAAAAGUUAUAAAUACUAUGAAAAUGACUUCUUGUACUGCAACAGACUAUGACAGAAAAAAAUAAAAUGUUUUGGAGUUUGUGACCUGAAUGAUACACUCUAUCUCUCUCCCCCAUUUGCUUGAUCUCUCACUCUCUUGCUCUUCUGUGCCCCAGCAGUGUGUCAUUCAGCGAAAUUCCUUAGCUGUCCAACGGCAAGAGAAAGGCAGAGAUAGAGAGAGAUUAAGAUGUGUGGUAGGUUUUAUUUAUACAAAUGAGAAAAAAAUGGAACAAAAAAAGAAUCCUGGCACAAUUUUCAUGUGAUAUAAUCCAUUACAUGUUGUUAGUGUUUGACCUUUGACAUUCCCAGGGUGGAAUCACCAAAGGCAGUGGGAGGUGCGGGGUAAGCGAGAUAGAUGUUGUCAAAUGUUAAUCUGUGCAUCACUGGCACGGUAAAGCAUUGUGGGUGAACGACAGCGUCCAGGAAGUGAUUUGGUUCGUUCUUGUAUUAUUUGGAAGAUAUAACCAGAUUACAUACUUUUGACAACAUGGGUUUUAGCAUGUAUGAUAAUGAGAUUUGUUUUGCUAUCAGAGAAUAUUGCAUUUUGCUGUUUCUUAAAGAUAGUUUCAGCAUUAUUCCAGAGCCUCAUGUGACAAUUCAUUAUUUUCCUGUGUGCAUGUGUUUGUGUGCAUGUGUGAGUUUUGUGAGCGGCUGAGCUGUGUGUGCAGUGUGUCUGGUUUGUGAGCGAGUGGGUGUCGUGCACCAGACUUUUUGUGUGUGCACAGGCUAUUUUUGUGACAUGACGUGAAUGCACAUCAGACGGGGAGGGAGGGAUACGUAUCUCAGAGAGCUGCCAUUACUUUUCCGCCUCAAAUGGAAGUUGCUCUUGCUAUAGUGUUCAGGUACAAGGAGGACAGGAGAAAUCAGGCUGCCUCCAGAGACAUGAGGUAACACUAUACCAUGAAAAUGACAAGCAGGGUUUGACCGAUUGGGAGGAACGUGUUUCCAAUAUGCCACCUUAUGCAAGCAAAAUUAGCUGUCAAGAGAGAGUCGCUCAUGAGACUGCCUUCAUCCAGCUAAAAUCUAUUUGACCUUUUCAACAAAAAAAAAAGAGUUGGCCUUCUUUUUCACUUUAUUUAUAGUUAUUUGUUACGGUUUAUUUAUCGUUUUUUAUAAAUGUAUUUGGAAUUUUUAUUCACAUUGAUUUAUUCAUGGUGUUGUUGUUUUUAUUCUUUUUUUUACUAUCUCCUAAACCUGCAGCAGGCAAAGAGUGUGAUAUGUGGACACAGCGUGAGCAGAAAAUAGAUGCAUCUACUGCAGUGUGACAUUUGGUGAGGGCCUGAGUGUCCCACUUCUAAGAGAACCCAAAGGACAGCUUUUAGCUGUGGCUCCUGGGGCUGAAAGAGAGAGAGGGGGUUAAAGACAGAUAAGGAAGAGGGAUUACAAGGAUUUGCCAUCAUUUCUUCUUGUUAUUGUAAUCACUUCUGUAAGUAACACUGUAUGAGCCGUGGAGCAAGAUGAGGCUCAAAACGACUGCUCCAGUAUCUUCACUUGAGCCAUAGGGGAAACGUACAAUACUGCUUUGGUGGUGCAUGACUUGGAUUCUGCAGCUGAACCAAGAGAACUGUCUGUGUUUACAAAUGAAAAGACAAUAUGCACAUGUAUUCUGUUCUGCUGCUGCAGUGCCGGACAGGUGAAGUGCAGAUCUUAUGGCUCAGUGGUGGGGCACCGUACCGAGGCAGCGCUCUCUGGUCAACUGAGGACAACUGAAUGUAUUUUAACAAGCAGGACUGAAGAUAAAACAAUUCACUCCAGGGCGUAAGUGUUAAUGGGAAACACAAGAUGGCCAUCAUUAUCUUUAUCCUCACUGUUCUCAUCACCAUCAUCAUUAACGCCAUCCUUCCCUCAUUGUAUCUGACAUCACUUGCUGAUCCUGAUCUCUAUACUGCUCAGCUGGGUCUCACCCCAGGGAGAAACGCUGUUUGGACAGACACUCCCCGUGAGAGGAGGAAUGUGCGUCACCUUGGGCCCGCUUCUCUUUUUUCUUUGUUUCUUCCAGCACCACCGAGAUUCCCCCCCCCCCCCCCCUCCCACCUCCAACUCAUCCACAUUUUAAUAUCAAUCUCAAUGGACUCCAUUAGUGCAGUACUUCUUUGAGAGUGUUAAUUUGUUUUGUCAAAAGCUUUGUUUGUCCCAGAUUAAUAUCUCAAUAAACAGAGGAGGGCUGUACUGUGGUAAAUGAUAGUGAUUAUACAGUAGAAAGUCCGCGGCCCACGCUGUCGGACGGAGGCUCGCGCAAUGGGAGUUUCUCCACCAUUCAAAGCCCUCCAAACCUCUGAUUACAAUAAUAACACCGUGGGUACUAAUUUACUGCAGUGAGCUCACCCUCUCCCUUUCUCUUGUUUUCUGUCUCUAUUUGCAAAUGUUUUACCCAACUCCGUUUCCAUGCCAGUGGAAAGCCUGACAUGCGUGUACUUCAGUGGGUGUGUGGGAAGUUGUUUAAAAGGUAGGAUACCCAACCUUUGACACAGUGCUGUUUCGCUCCCGCAGCUUAGUGUCAGUGGAGAGUGAGCUGUGGCAUUGUUCAGUCUAUCAUUAGACAGUAGUCCCAGCAGGCCGACCGUCUGCUCCUUCGCAGUUGAACCUUUCACACUCAGACAGUUUUGUGUGGUCCAUAUAAUGCCAGGAGGGUGGUUCGGAGGGGCCAGGCUACUGGUGUGUGAGUUCAGCAGCAGCACAGGAGCAGAAGGUCAUUAUGUCUGCAACGACUGGCCUGAGAGGCGACAGAGCAGGGACAACAUGAGCAGAGAUGUCACAGAUGUCACAAAUACAUGGCCACAGGCAGUAAGAGAGGGGGGAUGGCUGGUGGUUUUGCAGUGAGGCUGUGGAGGAUUGUGUCUGGCGAUAAGGAAAUGGAUGUGCUGCUUUGUUUCACAUGGCUUUCUACUGAUACUUUGCGGACCAGAGGUUAUCACUUUAUGGUUUAAACUGAUCAAGCUGGCAUGUCAGAGCUCAAGUUCAUUCAUGGAACAAAUCUGCCUGUAGAGGAAGAGAGUUGAUUGUUGUUUGAUGCUUGUUGAAAUGUGAAAAUGAGCCAAUUAAUGCACGAUUUUUAGAGUGCCUGCAAAUGCGACAGGAUUUUCCUACGGAGAUUUCUGAAAAGUCAAAAAUAAACAAUUAUAAAGUAGUACUAUUUUGCUAUUGAUUUCUUGUUAUGUGUCCAGAUGACUACGAUACAGUACUUUGAAGGUAGUGGCUGAGAAUACAGGGGCAUGGCGUUUACACAGCGAUGAAGAUUUUGCUCCUUGUCUUUUGUGUUGAAUGGAGUUAUGUCAGCAUUUCAGGACCGUGGCCGUCUAUGGCGCACAGGAUGGAACUAACAACAUAGGGGCUAAUGGGUAGUAUGAGGUUAAACAAUUUAAUACACUGCAGUGGAGAAAGAUAUGAUGGUAAACAUUCAGCCACAUGCAUCAUUAGCAGAAUAAAUUCGUAGGUGUGAUUUUUUUAAUAUAUAUUACUUUUCCUCCACUGGGUGCACUAUUUCUGAGAGUGGGGAGGAGUUGAUCUGUGCCUGCAUGUGUCUAUCCUUGGCUGUAGUCCAUGAGACAGGCCAGGAAAUGUAGCCUCACACAAUCUGUCAUCAGAGGGAGAUAGCUGGCUACAGAUGAUGUGAAUGGGAUAUUCUGAGUAUCGGCUAAGGGCUGUAUAAAUAGACUUGGUACAGUAGAAUCUGGUCAGUAUUAGACAUCCCUGAAAUGCUUAAGCUUAUGGAAAUUAAUGAUCUUGUGCCAGUGGUUUUCUUCGGAAGGCUGUAUGCUUUGAUAGAAAGAACUGACAUUGUGCCAUGUGGAAUUGCCGCAUAUAACACCAUUUCUAGAGCUCUCUAUGAUUUUUCUAUCAAAUGGAUAAUUUAUCAUGUAUCGCUGAGGCAUUUGUAAACUGAGGUAAAUAUAACGCUUUGGUUGUGUUUCUGUUUUCAUUCAGGAAUGAUGCUCAUUUCUCUUAUUUGAUUUUGUUUUGUCUCACAGACAUUGCUUUUACAGCUUUCUGGGCCAAAGGGGAUGAUUUUCUGUGAGUGUUUCCAUCAUUGCAGGUCAGAUCGACCUUGUAUCAGCACAUAUUAAUAAAAAAACUACUGAAAACAUA